GAUAUAUAUAAAUUGCUAGCUUUUCUUAAUUUCAUUUUGAGUUUUGAAACUUUUCUUUUUUGUUGAAUUUAUCGUUUUUAUACAAUAUCGCAAAGAAUGGAAGAGCAGUCAUGUCCGAGAUGUGGUACAAACAAGUAUCGGAAUCCAAAUAUGAAGUUUCUGGUGAAUGUUUGUGGACAUUCUAUAUGUGACAAUUGUGUGGAAGUGUUAUUUGUGCGUGGAUCAGCGGCCUGUCCUGCAUGUAAAAUUCCACUUAGACGAACAAACUUCAGAAUACAGUUCUUUGAGGAUUCAUCUGUGGAAAAGGAAAUGGAUAUUAGGAAAAAAAUACUCAGAGAUUACAACAAACAAGAGGAAGAUUUUCCAACACUAAGGGCUUACAAUGAUUACUUAGAAGAUAUUGAAACCACAAUUUUUAAUCUAGCUAAUGGAGUAGAUGUUGAGGAAACCAAGAAAAAAAUUGAACAAUAUAAAAAAGAGAACAAGGAUACAAUACGCAAAAACCAGUCUAAAUUGAGUAGGGAUGAAGAACUGAUAGAGGCUUUGAUAGAGGAAGAAAGGGAGCUUCAGGAAUCACAUAGGAAUGACAUGAAGCAAGAAGAAACCAAAGAAAAAACUAGAAAAAUACAAAACAAAGAGGCGUUAAUUGAUGAACUGAUGUUCUCUGAAGCCCCAGCCAACUAUAUCCUAGCCAGUCAUAAAGCUGAGGUUGCUAGGCAACGGGAAGAUGAGGAGGAAGAGGCUCCAUCUUUACCUAAAGCUAGAACUACAAUGUUUUCAUCUGGAAUUAGAGUAGGUCAACAGCGUGGCGACACAUUCCCAAGCACUGUACCAAUAGAGGCUGCCCUCUACAUAUACUCCCCUCUUUCAAUACAAUACUGUGGUCCUGAUGUGCCAGAUACACCCGCUAUGCUGCAAAAUGGGUAUUUAAAUCACAUGAGAGAGGCCUCCCAGGCAGACAGGGGAGGAGGUUAUGAGGCUAAGGUGGGAUGUAGCCGUGCAGUACAGGAAGCUUUAUGUGGACUUUUCUAUACCUACCAGGAACCAGAGUCUCAGGCUCAAGAGUCCUCCAGCUCAAGUAGUCCUAGCAGUUCACACAUGGAGAUGGAGAUUAGCUGAUGUAUGUAAUAUAGGACUUAUAGGACAUAAAUCACUGGAACUCUCUUAAUAUGCAGCUCCACGAAAUCUUCACAUUGAAGUUUGUUUAUUAACAACUAAGGUGGGCCAAUCAACUAAUUGACCACAUUUUCUUGGUGUGAUUUGCACUGGACUGAGAAGUCGUGUUCACUUCGAGGAUAGGAGUAUGACAUGUUUUUAUGAGUGAAUGGAAAACCUGUCACAUGUGGCGUGUUGGUGGCAUAUAAUAGCUAGUGGUUCAUAAUCAGUAUCCAUAGCAAUAGGGAAGAUGAAUGAAAAUAAGUGGCAAAAUUAUUGAAAAUUAGAAUAAUAUUUUCAUAUGGAAAGAGAAAAUUCCUAAAACGGGAAAUUUUGGUAAAAAUAACCAGAUUAAGUUGAGUGUUGAUUGGUAAUGUUGAGAACCUAUUAUAUCCCUGAAUAGCUUGAUUAGAUAGAGCACUGGAGAUGAAAGGGGAAUUACCACUCCAUAUUGGUGAAAUGAAAAUUUGUCAACAAAUAUUUAUUAAAUAAGUUCAAAAACCAUCAAUUUGUAACCAUGCCAUAUGUCAAAUUACCAACUGGUCAUGUGACAUUAAUUGUCAAAUCAAAAUACAGCAUUAUAGUUUAAGAUGCAAUAAACAAGCUAUUAUUAUGCUGUUAUUUUGACUUUAAUACUUUGGUUUGUAUUAACACAAAUAGGAUAUUAAUAUUGCUGAACCAAACCAAACCAACAUAUAGAUGGUUUGACCUGAUCACCCAAAGUGAUGAACACCCAAAGAGAUAGAAGAUGUAUCGGUAAUAUAAUUUCGAACAUAUUAAAUGGCUCUAACUUCAACAAUUAGUUCAGUUUACACAAUUUAUGUAUUGAAAUGUGCAUAAAAGCUAAGUAAUAUCAAAUUGACCAUCAAAUAGAGUAAAAUUAGAGAAACUGGCAAAAUUUUUAAAUUGCUUUGACAUUCAAUGUAGGUUAAUUAGCUAUUAGGUCAACUAUGAACAAACAUCAACAUUUAAUGAUUCAUUGAUGGAUAUCAAUCGACACAAGGGUAUCAUUAGAUACCUGUUGAUCAACAUAUAUUUACAGAAGUAGAAAAUUGUUGUCUGCAGCUAGAUAUAUGGAUGAGCAAGUUGGACAGGGUUUGGAUGAAACUUGGAAAUA